AUGAAGAUCAUUUUCAUUGCUUGUGUUGGCCUUUUGGUCAUUGCUGUUAACGCCCAUCAGGCUAAAAACGACGAAGAAAGCGAGAUCGCAGCGGUUGAGGAAAGCAACGAUGCCGUGGCACUAGGACUAGAGAAGACGGAACUCGCCGAAUCUGAAACACAGCUUGAGUUACCAGCGACCAGAGUGAAGAGAGGAGCCAGAAGAGGCGCCCGAGUUCGAAGAAUAAGAAAGUCCUUGGCCAGAAGAAGGCUCCAACGUCGCCGUGCCCACGCCCGACGACAUGCGAAAAAUAUUCGCCGCGCCGCCGCAAAGCGAGCCCGUCAUCAUCGCCGCGCCGCCAGAGUCCGUCGCGUUCGCCGACGAAACCGCGCUCGUCGUGCACGCGUCGCCGCUCGUCGCGCCGCUGCUCGUCGUGCCGCCUCUCCUUCUCAAUAA